AUGACAGGAACUUUGGUCAGGAAGCUGCCAGAGUUAAGCAUCUUCUCCUCUCUGGUGAUGGAGACCUCGGAGGAAACUGAACUCUGCUUUCCACAGCUCCUCAAUGCCUCCUGUGUGAAGCCAAAGCGUCCUCACUUUGAAACCAUACUGACCGACAGUGUGCUGUACUCCAUCUCUCUGCUCACUGCGCUUCUCAACCUGCUAGUCAUCAUCUCUGUCUCCCACUUCAAGCAGCUCCACACCCCCACCAACAUCCUCAUCCUCUCUCUGGCCAUCUCUGAUUUCUUUAUAGGCCUUCUAAUGUUGUUUCAAAUUGUAAUUUUAGAUGGCUGCUGGUACCUCGGUGAACUCAUGUGUGCUGUGAAUCAGUAUUUAGUAGCCACUAUUGCUUCUACCUCAGCUGGAGCCAUGGUGCUCAUAUCUAUUGACCGCUAUGUGGCUAUUUGUGACCCUCUGCAUUACUCCACCAAAAUCACUUAUGAAAGCAGCCAGGACUCUUGGAAUU